UUACAGGUACAAAUAUACAAAGAGAUAGACACGAUAAAAGCUGGCGGAGUAGAGAUUCAAGGUUUGAAAGCUACUCAGAUCUCUCGCCGGAAAUUAGCCCAAGAUGCUGUUAUCGAGGAACAUACGUUUGUAGCUCAUUGUGAUCGUGUUAAGAUUCCAUUGAAUGAAGCAAUUCGAUUAUCAGCCCAACUCGUACUGGAAGAUCAUCAAAUUAUCAAAGUGCAAGCUGCUGAGCUAGUGGGAGACGUCGAUGAUAUUGAAUUAAAAAGUCUUUCGUCUUCGUUACUGCUUGAGGCAUUUGAUGAUAUGCCA